CAACCCGAGCGAAGUUUCCUUCCGGAGGCCACCGCCACGAGAAACAAAAUGGCGAUCGAUCCUUCUCUCGCCGAAACCGACAUUUUCGACGAAUUUUUGAAAUAUGGACUGUUUUUGGGCGCCAUUUUCCAGCUGGUGUGCAUAGGGGCUGUUAUAUUUGUGCCGAGUAGGGAUGACAAGAGGGACGGAGACUCUAGUGACGACGACGGCUCUGAUCACGGCUCCCCGCACACGUCCCCCCCCCACCGCGGCCAAAACCAGCACCAUCGACGCAAGCAUGACAAGAAGAAGAGACGGUGAAUUCAGCAAGACAGGCUUCGGGAGGGAUAACUCAUGUUGACGGAAUAGUGUGUUCUUUUGGACUCUUAUGGAAUUUGGAAUGGUUUGUGAUUUUUUUUUUGGGGGGGGGGGAGUGGAGGGGAGUAGUUGCUGUGCUGGGAAUGGGUCGCAAUUUUGGAAUUCGGAUGUGUUGUGAAAAAAUGUGUUUUAUCCAGAUAAAGUGCUUGCUUGGUGAGCGGAAGGAAAUGAUUGAAGAACGAAGUUCAAGAUUUAAAGGCAGCUAUUGAAAAUUACCUGAGUCAGUGAGCACAAGAAGAAUUGUAUGCUCGUACAGACAGUGAAAAGAAUAUAUUAUUUGAAAAUUGAUUAGAAGAGCAUGUGAAGACUUAUAUUGAUAGAAUCAUCUACUUCAUGAUUGUCAAGAGAGAAAAGAGGGCAUUUUUUAAUUUUUUCCUUUUACUUUUUUCUUUAUAAGUCAUGUAUUAUAUACAAAAUACAUUCCGUAAACUGUAGGUCACAUUUUAUGAUAAAUUAUUUUGCAUCUAUUUUCCUCAAUGGCCUGUGAUCAUACUAGCAUCCAAUAGCAUUCUUAGAAAAAUGCAUUGAAUUUAUACAAUUCCUCCAUAAAGUUAGGUGUCGUUCAGUACUGAACAUAGUACUCGAAAACAGAGUUUAUUUUAGGAAGUCUUGGGGCAAAAGGCUUCCAAGAGACGUCUGGCAUUGCAUUUUUAUAUGCAAGUGAAAUACUCUUGUGCUGCAUUUUCCAAAAAUGCAGUGUAGUAGAAUUAGUAUUUUUUUCUGUCUAACAGUUAUUCUUAAGUUUUUUUUUUUUUUUUUUUUAUAGAGUAGCAGGCCUACUUAAUAUGAUGCUGCAAAGAGCCCCUACAUGACGAAGCUUUUGUAAGAUUUUACACCUGAGAACCUCCCAUUCAAGGGUAUGGCAGUGCUAUGGCAGUGCUUUUGCAGUGCUUUUGCGGGAAAUAGGUUUUGGUAUGUGAGAGACUGCUCAUUGUAACAUCAGUCAUGGUCUACUUUUAGGAUCCCAUUUGUUCACCUCUUCACACAGGACAAGUACAGACCCACUGUGGCAUUGCAUCUGUAUUGCCUUUGUAGGAUUAAUCUUAUUUUACUGUGAUUUCAGAUCUGAAUAAACAUGUCUUUAUGUUAAAUGUUAGCUUUUUUUUUUAAUCAUAUAUAUUUUUUAUAGUUUGGUUGCUAGUAUGUGUGUAUAUGUUAUAACUUAACAUGUGGUGAGAUUGAAAAUGAAACCUAGAAUUUCUUAUUGGCUUUGUAACUUUUUGUUGAUCUGAAUUACAUGUCCGAUCUUGAAGUUUAUCCAAAUAUAAGAGAAUUCAAUCUUGUUGGCAGGUUCAGUGCAGUUUCUGUCUUUGCUGGAAAAUGUAGUGGUUAGAAUUUUUUUUUUUUUGUAACAUUCCAAACAGCUGUGCAAUACUACUUGAAUGUCUUUUUGCAUUUUUUAAAUAAAAUGAACCAAUCGCA